CAAUGGGUCCCACUUUGAGAUUUCACAAAAUACACGUUUCUGGGUCACAACAAACUAAACUAAACAUCCCAAACAAAAACAAAUUAAAUUCUCCAAUCGUUAUUUCCUCUUUGUAAAUUGCCAAAAUCGAUCACCAUGGCUACUUACGUCGUCGCCGGUGCCGGCAUCGGCACCACCGCUCUCAUCGGAAAUCCUCGCCGCAUCUCCGCCGUAUCCGUCCAAUCGAGUUCGCAGCUAGCACUUAAGUUUCGUCGCCGGACGUCGAAAACAUUUUCACCAAUUUAUGCUUCUGUAUCUGCAUCGACGGCGCCGGUGACUAAACCGAAUGACCUCGUCGCUACUAUUCUUUCUAAGGUUAUGCAAUCAGAUAGAGGGGUUUUGCUAGCAAAAGAUGAGCACAAAAGUGUAGCCGAGGUGGCUCAAGAAUUGCAACCUUUUUGUGUAGCUGAACCUGUGAAAUGCCCCCUUAUAUUUGGAGAAUGGGAUGUCGUGUAUUGUUCAAAUCCCACUUCACCUGGAGGUGGUUAUCGGAGUGCGUUUGGUCGCCUUUUCUUCAAAACGAACGAAAUGGUUCAGGUUGUUGAAGCCCCUGACGUUGUCAAGAAUCGAGUGUCCUUUUCGCUUUUUGGUUUCCUUGAUGGUGAGGUUUCCUUGAAAGGAAAACUGAAUGUUUUAGAUGAAAAAUGGAUCCAAGUUGUGUUCGAGCCGCCUGAACUCAAGGUAGGAGGGUUAGAUUUUCAGUAUGGUGGUGAGAGUGAAGUUAAACUAGAAAUCACAUACAUCGAUGAGAAGAUCAGGUUGGGAAAGGGCUCAAGAGGCUCCCUGUUUGUGUUUCAAAGACGCAAACCUUGAAAUGCUUGUCUUUAUAGUUACUCUUCCUGACACUACCCAGUCAAUUAUAUGUACAAACAUAUAGUAGAAACUGACACACAAAUAUGGGAGCAUUGUUCUAAGUCAGCGACACAUCGCGUUAUUCUGGAUAUGUAAUUUAAAACUGUCAUCCAACUUCCAGCCUUUGGAAUCAGAUUUGUUGAACUCAGAAGGAAACUGAAUUGAUCUUUGUAUGUCUGUGAUUGAGGAAUGAAAAUUGCUGGCAUAAGAUAGUACUUUGCCCCACUUUUCUAAA